AUGAUCAACAACAACAGAAUAGGAGUUGAUAAUGAUUCUGAAACAGUUACGUCGAAUGCAGCUCAACCAAAAAAAUUAUGUGAAUAUCUGAAAAGGAGAAAAGUGAUGUGCAUCACAUUUAUUAUUAUUGUACUUGCUAUAAUCAUAACAAUUUCAAUUGUUAUCGUCAAAACAAAAAAGACAAACAGUGAACAAACAUCAACAAUAGAAGAAACAACAAUUCAAAUAACAGAAAAAAUAGAAGUAACAACAGAAUCACCUACCACAUCAACUUCAACAACAACAUCAACAACACCAUCAAAACCGAAAUUCAACAAAUGGAAACAAAAUGCCAGCACUGUGGCUGGUGGAAAUGGAGAAGGACAACAAUUAAAUCAACUCUAUGCUCCUGUUGGAAUCUCUAUUGAUAAAAAUAAAAAUAUUUUCAUUGCUGAUCGUUUAAAUCACCGUAUUGUUCAAUGGAAAUAUAAUGCAAAAGAAGGACAAAUCAUUGUAGGAGGAAAUGGGCAAGGACAUCAAAUGGAUCAAUUGAAUGAGCCAACAGAUGUGAUUGUUGAUCAACAAGAUUAUUCGAUCAUUAUUGCUGAUCAAGGGAACACAAGAGUGAUUCAAUGGUUGAAUCAAACUCAACAGAUUCUCAUUCACAAUAUUGUCUGUUAUGGUUUGACAAUGGAUAAACAUGGAUUUCUUUAUGUUUCUGAUUGGGAGAAGAAUGAAGUGAGAAGAUGGAAAAUGGGAGAAUAUAACAAUGAAGGAAUUGUAGUGGCUGGUGGAAAUGGGCAAGGAGAUCAACUCAAUCAACUUAAUAAUCCUACUUUUAUCUUUGUUGAUGAAGAACAAUCUGUGUAUGUAUCAGACCAUAUCAAUGAUCGUGUGAUGAAAUGGAGAAAAGAUGCAAAAACAGGAGUAAUUGUGGAUGGAGGAAAUGUCAAUCAAUUGUUUUAUCCUCAAGGAGUAAUUGUUGAUGAUUUGGAUCAAAUCUAUGUGGCAUAUAGCGGGAAUGAUCGAGUAAUGCGUUGGCGUGAAGGGAAAGAAGAAGGUGAAACUGUUGUUGGUGGAAAUGGACAAGGACAUCAAUCAAAUCAAAUGUUUAGUCCUUGUGAUUUAUCUUUUGAUGAUGAAGGAAAUCUUUAUGUCGCUGAUGAAUGGAAUCAUCGAAUUCAAAAAUUUGAAAUAAUUUUGUGA